AGUCGCGCAGUCUGUCUCCCACACUGAAACCAAGAGCUGCCACAGCUCAUGACCAAAGCAUGAAGUUGUCCAUUUAACUGAAUGAACUACUGCUAGUCAAGGGGGGAAAAAAAUCCUUUAAAAUUUGUCUUUCUAUUUAGGAAAGUAAUAGAGGAAGGAGAAGAAAGAACAUGUCUGAACUCAGCCAAAACUCAGAUGAAGAAGUGUGUCCUGAGGACAUCGAUGAAGAUGAAAUCCUGGCAAACCUGUCCCCUGAGGAGCUAAAGGAGCUGCAGUGUGAGAUGGAAGUCAUGGCCCCGGACCCCCAAGUCCCAACCGGGAUGAUACAGAAGGAUCAGACAGAGAAACCCCCUACCGGGAGCUUCGAUCACAGGUCCCUGGUUGACUACCUGUACUGGCAGAAGGCUUCCAGACGCAUGCUCGAGGACGAGAGAGUUCCCGUCACCCUUUUACCCUCUGAGAGAAGUGCUGCAGAGGAGAUGGAAGGAAAGGCCGGCGGCAGCGGCGAGGCGCACGGUGGAAGGGGGCCAGGAGCAGAGGGAAAAGAGAGACAUUACAAAAAUGAGCGUUUGUCCAACUCAGGAACACCAUGUGGGGAGACAAACAAAGGUGGAAGCGAUAAAGAGAGAGAGGAGGAGAAGGAGGAAGCAGCAGCAGAGGAGGAGGAGGAGGAAGAAGAUGAAGAUGAUGAUGAUGAAGAGGAAGAGGAAGAUGAGACUGAAUUGGAAACAAAGGAAACUGACACCAAUGAGAACCAUCACAGUGAUCAGAUAAGUAAGAAACCAGGUACUGAAUUGGGAAAAGUCACAGAAAAGCCAAAUGAAAAUGAGAAUAAAAUAUCAAAAUUAAACAUACCCAAAAAGUUAGCACUGGAUACCAGCUUCAUGAAGCUAAGUGCCAGGCCUUCGGGAAACCAAACAAAUUUAGAAGACAGUUUGCAGAAAGUUCGAAAAAACAACCCAGAUGUGAAAGAGGUCAAUCUGAACAACAUAGAAAAUGUCCCCAAAGAGAUGCUGAUAGAUUUUGUCAAUGCCAUGAAGAAGAAUAAGAACGUAAAAACGUUCAGUUUGGCCAAUGUGGGGGCUGAUGACAACGUGGCGUUCGCGUUGGCCAACAUGCUGCGGGAGAACAGGAGCAUCACCACGUUGAACAUCGAUUCCAAUUGCAUCUCUGGCAAAGGGAUCAUUGCCAUCAUGAGGUGCCUGCAGUACAACGAGACGCUGACAGAGCUCCGCUUCCACAACCAGCGCAGCAUGCUAGGCCACCAGGCAGAAAUGGAGAUCGCCAGGCUGCUGAAAGCCAAUGCCACCCUCCUUAAAAUGGGGUAUCACUUCGAACUGCCCGGCCCCAGGAUGGUGGUGACCAACCUGCUCAGCAGAAAUCUGGACAAGCAGAGGCAAAAGAGGCAGGAGGAGCAAAGGCAGCAGCAAAUGAAAGAGCAGAGGGAGUUGAUAGCGAUGCUGGAGAAUGGACUGGGGUUGCCUCCUGGCAUGUGGGAAAUGCUGGGGGGGCCACUGCCCCAGCCAGGGAUGCACAAACCCCCACAAGCCCCAAAGCCACCCGUCCCCACAGCUGUGUCUCUGAGCAAAAGGCAGGAGAGUGCAAGGCAACCAGCCCCCGAGCAGCCACUCAGAGAGAACCCCGUCAGCUUUAGAGUGGUCAAGCUGAAGAAGAUUCAGCGCAAACCCGCUGUGCCGGAGUACGUGGAACCUGCUGAGAAAACCAACCUUAAAGACGUCAUCAAAACGCUUAAACCAGUUCCCAGGAGAAGACCUCCUCCCCUUGUCGAAAUAACCCCAAGAGAUCAGCUACUAAAUGACAUCCGUCAGAGUAAUGUCGCUUAUCUUAAACCCGUGCCGUUGCCGAAGCAGCUGGAAUGAGAGACCAGACUGACUCAAAGAAAACAACUGGGAAUAAAGACUAUUCAAGUUUUGCAUACAACUGUUUCAGCAGAUGUUUUCUGCAGAGCCCAGGUGGUAUAUACGACUAUUUGGGAACAAAGCUUGAGAUACACACUCCUAGAAGUGUGGUGAAAACGGCUGGCAUUGGAAAAGUCAGUACGAAGCGUUUCCAUCAGGUAUCAAACAAUCCCGGUGUCAUCUGUCUGCCAAGUGGAUUUGAGGCUCCAGUUUGUUGUGGGAGUAUUUUCUCUGAGGCAUCAAUAACUUUGUCUUUCUAGUUUGUCAGCAAACUAUUUGUUUUCACGUUGUCCUUCUGCUGCCAGAUUCUGCAGGAACAUGCUGUGCUUUAUCUUAUCUUUCUUUUCACACACAUGCUCCUCUAUUAUUUUCUUGUCCAUGAGAAAUAUAUUUGAUUUCCAUGUAAACAGCUUCAUUUUUUAGGAUAAGGAAAGAAAAAUGAAAUAAAACUCUCUCCGUAAGA